CUUGCCCAUUCAAAACUCCUUCCCUUGUCAGUUACAACUCACGAGUUCCUUCUCUUCCCUUCCCCCUUCUUUCUCCAACUCUACUCAAUUGCUCUAGGGUUUUUCGAAAUUACAAGACACAGAAGCUCUAUUCUCUCUCUCUCUCUUUUUUCUUUACAGAAACAAGGAAAUCCUGAACACAUAAUCCCUUAUUAUAGACCCGACUAAACCAGAUUCCCCUAGGGUUUUUAAUGCAUUGCGUAGCUUUCAUGUCGUAUGAAUGGAGAUUGUUGCCUCUGACCUCAUCUCUCUCUCUUCUCCCCACCAACCUUUUUUUGUAGCCACGAUCAUCACUGUUCUCUCUCUCCUUCUUGCUCUCCUUACCGUCCGAUCGCUCCCUCGCAAGAGGACCUCCAAACCCGAAGGUUCUGAUUCUGCCACGUCAUCUCUGGCUGUCAGACAACCAACAUCGUCGUCUUUGCUGCACCAUUCUCCCAACAGUAACGUCAGAGGGGUUCUCGAUUUUGAGGCAGAGGGUCCGGGGUACCUUAACGGCGUUGUGGACGCGGCAGAGAUGGUGGUAGCAAGAAGUGCGGCGGCGGAAGCGGAGAAGUCGGGAGCCUCGAUGAUGGAGCAGUUGGUUCCAGAGAUUACUACUCACGCUCUUAGCUACUUGGAUUACCCGAGCUUGUGCCGGUUGUCAAUGACCAAUUCCUUGAUGAGAAAGGCUGCUAAUGAUGAUAAUGCGUGGAAAGCCCUUUAUCACAAGGAUUUUACCUUGGAGCAAGAUAGCGUGACACCAGUUAAUGGGUGGAAGGCAUACUAUGCGGCUACAAGAGCCAUUUUGAAUGUUAAUUCAGAAUUUUUCAGUAUCAUCAGAGAGAAGUCUCUUCCAGCAAUGGGUCGUUUUUGGUUGAAUGCGGAUUAUGUAAAAUGUGUUCAUGCCUCAGGAGAACUCUUUUCAGGGUACAAUGCUGUAAUGCAGAGCUGGCAGCUUGCCUUUAGUUGGGAGCACGUUUUGGACUUUCAGGUGCGAGAUGUUCGGGCUCGAGUGCUGACAGACAUGGCCUGGGUUACCAUGAAAACAUACCUUGAUGUGGGCGGGGCAUUCCAUGUCACUAAUGUCUUUGAGUUUCACAAUGGACGGUGGUACAUGGUGCAUCACCACAACUCUGUGAUUGAUGGAGUAGAGCAACCGGUUGCCCAUGGGUAAAAGAAUAGAAGAAAAAUUAUUACUGAUGAUGGUUUAGUACUAAUUAGCAAAAAAGAAAAAGUAGUGGUAUUAUCAGUGGAAGCAAGUUGCUUGAAAAUUCUCUAAGAAUUCCCUGAAGAUCCUUAGUUUCUCAGCCUCAGUUUUGGUUCUUUUGUCUUUAAGGAGAGCGUCUUUUUCUCUUUCGCUUUAUAUUCUUUGCUUCAAAUUUUUCUUAGGGUCCUUGAAAGGUCUGUUUCCUUCUACUAUCAUUUUUUGCCACAUGGAUAUGUACAUGUGAUCGGAAGGGUGAAAAGUCUAUAGUAGUUUCAGAAGUGUAAAGUGGGCUGACAGCCAAAAUACCCAAAAAAGAAGCCCUAGAAUAUGCUGGAUCCAAAGUAGUGAGAUAGAGUGAAAUUUGGGUUAAAAUGAAUUCUGUGUAUAAGCAAUACAUUUCAAAUCCUCCUCUUUCUCCAGAAUUGCUUUAUGGUCUGCAAGCCUGAAUCAUUCCUUAUGGAUUCUGAACAUGGAAGUUGAUAAUAAGAUGAAUCUAUUUUCGGGUUAAA